GAGUAGAGCACUAUUGGUAUUGGAGAAGGAAGGAAAUGGGAAGUGGGACCCAUGUAAGUAAAAAUUGAGGUCGAAGGCCGGCCCCAAUUACAACACGCAUCAAUAAUUACAGCAACAAAACCCUAAUCUAUAUGUAACCAAUUUUUCUGUUUCUUCUCUGGAUCGUUCUUCACUAACACUCUCUUCUUUCAUCUAAAUGGGUCCCAAUUUCUGAUUACAUAACCCUAAUCUUCACUCUCAACUUUCAUUUUUUCCCUUCUCCGUUAAUUUCAUGCACUCACUAUUCCAAUUGUUCAAGAUUACUUUUUUUUUUUUCCUUUUAUAACUGGUUUUUUAACAUUGUGAUCUACUAAGUUGAUCUCUGUUGUUGUACGGUUUUCACAUUUUUAGAGAUGAAUUUCUGGUUAUAGUUAGCCAUUUACUUCAAUUGAUUGAUUAUUAGAGUUUCUGAGAUCAGCUUGUAUUUGGUGUAGAAAGUUGAGAUUUUGAGGAUUAUAAAUCUGGGUUGAUUGGGAAUUUUAAGCUGCAUUUAGUUAAUUCUAAAGGAGGCAUAGAUGUCUUUCAAGAGUAUAUUGCAAGAUGUGAAGGGCGAGUUGGGGAACAUAUCUAGGAAAGGGUUUGAUGUUAAGUUUGGGUAUGGGAUGCGAUCGAGGUCGCAUCGGGUGGUUCAGGAUAGUUCUGUUGUGGUGGAUGCUUUCAGGCAAAGCUGUUGGGCUAAUAUGCCGCCUGAGCUUUUAAGGGAUGUUUUGAUGCGGAUCGAGGCUUCUGAGACUUCUUGGCCUCCUCGCAAAAACGUAGUUGCUUGUGCCGGUGUUUGCAGGAGUUGGAGGGAAAUUAUGAAGGAAAUUGUCAAAACUUUGGAAGUUUCUGGCAAGUUGACGUUUCCCAUUUCCUUGAAACAGCCUGGGCCAAGGGCCACUCUUCUACAAUGCUACAUAAAACGGAAUCGUAGCAACCAAACAUAUUAUUUAUAUCUGAGCUUGAAUCAAGCAGCUUCAAAUGAUGAUGGUAAGUUCCUUCUUGCUGCAAGGAAGUGUCGACGCCCUACUUGCACUGACUACAUUAUCUCAUUGAACUGUGAUGAUGUGUCCAAAGGGAGCAGCACCUACAUAGGAAAGUUAAGAUCAAACUUUUUGGGUACCAAGUUCACAAUCUAUGAAGGACAGCCUCCAAAUGCUGGAGCCAGAGUGACUAAAUGUCGCUCUUCCAGGCUAGUUAACUUGAAACAAGUCUCCCCUAGAGUUCCUACUGGCAACUAUCCUGUUGCCCACGUCUCAUAUGAAUUAAAUGUCUUGGGUUCCAGGGGUCCAAGGAGGAUGCAGUGUGUUAUGGAUGCCAUUCCUGUCUCUUCUAUUGAACCAGGGGGAGUGGCCCCCACACAGACUGAAUUUCUUCACAGCAAUGUGGAUACCUUCUCUUCCAUUUCUUUUUUCAGAUCAAAAUCAACUCGCUUGGAGAAUUUCCAAUCUGGACCUUUGACUGUCCAGAAAGAUGGAAUGUUGGUUUUGAGAAACAAGGCCCCAAGGUGGCAUGAACAACUCCAGUGCUGGUGUCUGAACUUCAACGGACGGGUAACAGUUGCUUCAGUUAAGAAUUUUCAACUGGUUGCAUCCUUGGAAAAUGGAGCUGCUGCGCAGGAGCAUGAGAAUGUUAUUUUACAGUUUGGAAAAGUGGGAAAAGAUGUGUUCACCAUGGAUUAUCAAUAUCCAAUCUCAGCUUUCCAGGCAUUUGCCAUAUGUCUUAGCAGCUUCGACACUAAGAUUGCCUGUGAAUGAGUGACAAGCAGGUGUGCGCCCGUAUGCAGAACUUUUUUCUGGCAGGUGUUGCCAAAUGCAAUAAAAGUUGGUUGGGAAGCCAGUCGAAGUUCCUCUGCAACGCUGAGCAUUGUGCUGCUAGGUAGUUUGAUCUUUGAUAUAUAAUUGCCGUGUGAGCAGUUAGGUUUUAUUUCAAUUUUUCCUUGUACAUAAUAAUUGUUAUUAUUAAGGGUGAAACAUGGUCCCCUUUGUUGGUUCGGCGCUUGCUAACACAUUUCAGCCUCCGGAUCAUUUUGUGUGAGAAAUCAGACAACUGAAGAUUUUGUAAGUCCAUUUUUCACUUAACAUAUCGGUUAACCUUUCCUGUCAGUUGUGCAAUUCAGGGGAUUCUAGUAUCUGUUUUAACUCGAGAACGCCAAUGACAUGAGUAAAUUUAAUUUUGGAUGUGUAAUCAGCAAGCAUUCGAG